AUGAGAACCCAUACAGGAGAAAAACCCUACAAGUGUGACCAGUGUGACUAUUCUGCAGCACGGAAAUCUCAUUUGGAGGAACAUGUAGCAAAACACACUGGUGAGAAACCCUACAUGUGUGGGGAGUGUGGGUACAGGGCGACUUACAAGUCUACAUUAUCUAAACACAUGAGAACCCAUACAGGAGAAAAACCAUACAAGUGUGACCAGUGUGACUAUUCUGCUGCACAAAAAGCUAAUUUAGACUAUCACCUCACUAAGCACACAGGUGAGAAACCCUACAUGUGUGGGGAGUGUGGAUACAGGGCAACGCUGAAAUCUACCUUAUCCCAACAUAUGAGAAGACAUACAGGAGAAAAACCCUACAAGUGUGACCAAUGUGACUAUUCUGCAGCAUUUAAAUCAAGUUUAGCCCGACAUCUAGCAAAACAUGCCGGUGAGAAACCCAACAUGAUUGGGGAGUGUGGGUACCGGGCAGCUGAAAAGCACCACUUAUCCCAACAUAUGAGGACCCAUACAGGAGAAAAACCCUACAAGUGUGACCAGUGUGACUAUUCUGUUGCACAGAUAUGUAAUUUAGACAGACAUCUAUUAAAACACUCUGGCGAGAAACCCUACAAAUGUGACCAGUGUGACUAUUCUGCAGCAGAGAAAUCUGAUUUGGACAAACAUCUAGCAGCACACACCAGUGAGAAACCCUACAUGUGUGGGGAGUGUGGAUACAGGACAGGUGACAGGUCCAGCUUAUCCCGACAUAUGAGAGCCCAUACAGGAGAAAAACCCUACAAGUGUGAUCAGUGCGAUUAUUCUGCAGCACAGAAAGACACCUUAGAUAAUCAUAAAGCAAAACACAACGGUGAGAAACCCUACAUGUGUGGGGAGUGUGGAUACAGGACAGCUGCGAGGUCCAGCUUAUCCCGACAUAUGAGAACCCAUACAGGAGAAAAACCCUACAAGUGUGACCAGUGUGACUAUUCUGCAGCACGGAAAUCUCAUUUAGACUCACAUCUAUUAAAACACACCGGUGAGAAACCCUACAUGUGUGGGGAGUGUGGACACAGGACAGCUCACAAGUCUGACUUAUCCAAACAUAUGAGAACCCAUACAGGAGAAAAACCCUACAAAUGUGACCAGUGUGACUAUUCUGCAGCACAGAAAUUUCAUUUAGACCGACAUCUAGCAAAACACACCGGUGAGAAACCCUACAUGUGUGGGGAGUGUGGGUACAGGACAACUUUCAAGUCUUCUUUAGCCCGACAUAUGACAACCCAUAUAGAAGAAAAACCCUACAAGUGUGACCAGUGUAGCUAUUCUGCAGCCUCUAAGACUUCCCUAACUCGACAUAUGAAAAUUCACACGGAGGCACCAAGUCUGCAACUGUGACCAUGUUUCUAUCUUAAUACUAAGUCUGAUAUAUGAUAUAUCACAUGAAUAUUCAAAAACAUUUAGGAAAAAUAGUUUGUUAGAGUAUUAAUUGCAAAGAGCCAAAGGUUUUGCCUAGGAAAUGUUUAAAUCCAUUUGUCUGCUAUAUUUCUAAAGGAUGUACAUGCAUAACUAUAGGCCACACCAAUUUAAUUUGCUGGUUCUUGUUUUUUUUUAUAA